UCCGUCAUCCACGACGAUCCAGAUACACCCAUUGACAACCGAGGAGAUAACGACCGCAACCACGGCAGCGCCAAUGCCUAGCACAAGGCCACCACCGGCCACGGUCAUGUCAAGCGUCGCGAACCUAGCUCAGCUCCUGCCAACUGGCACGGUAUUGGCGUACCAGGCGUUGUCGCCGUCCUUCACCAACCACGGCAAGUGCGAGACCUCCAAUCAGUGGCUCACAGGGGUGCUGGUUGUCGUCCUCGCCAUCUUGUGCCUAUUCUUCUCCUUCACCGACAGCGUUGUCGGUCGCCGAGAUGGAAAGCUAUACUAUGGCUUCGCCACACUGCAUGGCUUCAACGUUUUCAACUUCUCCAGCGAGGAGGAGAGGCAGGAGUGGGACGAUCUCGACCAGUUCCGGAGGCUCCGCCUCCGGCCGCUGGACUUCGUGCACUCCUUCUUCGCAGCGGUGGUUUUCCUCACGGUAGCUUUCAGCGACGUGGGGCUGCAGAAUUGUUUCUUUCAGGAUGCCGGCAGGAACACCGAGGAGCUGCUCAAGAAUUUGCCCAUGGGCAUGGCGUUUCUCUCCAGUUUUGUGUUCAUCAUCUUCCCCACCAAAAGGAAAGGCAUUGGAUUCAGUGACACCGCUCCUCCCCAGAAGGUCGUCCAUCCCAUAAAUUAG